AUGGCAUCUCAGGAGAGCCAUCUGACAGCCACGCUUGUGACGUCCAUCCUGGGAGCGGUGAUCGGGUCCCUGCAGAUUGGUUACCACACUGGCAACAUCAACGCUCCAGCCAAGAUCAUCGAAGAGUUUUUCAACAAUACCUGGAGAGCCAGACACAACCAAUCAAUCUCAGAUCACAGUCUUACUCUCCUGUGGUCACUCUCUGUCAGCAUUAAAGAUUUUGGAGCCUUACUGGGCUCGCUGGGAGUCAAAUAUCUGGCAGAUUCUUAUGGCAGGCGUAACUCCAUCCUGAUAGUUAACAGUUUGUCUGUGGUCGGAGCAUGUUUGAUGUUUGCCUCCAAAGCCAGCGAGUCAUUUGAGGUCCUCAUCCUAGGGCGACUGGUUUUUGGUCUGUUCUGUGGCCUGGUGAUGAGCCUUAACCCCCUCUAUAUCCAGGAAGUUUCCCCCACCAACCUCAGAGGAGCAUUUGCUACACUGAACCAGGUGUCCCUCGCUGCAGGCAUCCUGGUGGGUAUGGUGGCUGGUCUCGAGAUAGUGUUGGGCACACAGCAUGACUGGGCCAUGAUGCUGUCCCUGUCUCUCAUCCCGGCCCUCACACAGUAUGUGAUCCUACCCUUCUGUCCUGAGAGUCCCCGCUAUCUGCUCAUCAACCGGCAAGAAGAAAGCAAGGCAAAAAGUGCCCUGCUGAGGCUGAGAGGCAGAGCAGAAAAGGUAUUUGCUGAGCUGGAAGAAAUGAAAGAAGAAGCUGCUCACACACAGAGUCGUGUCACCAUCCAGGAUUUCUUCAAGAAACGCAGCUACAGGCAGCCGAUCAUUAUUGUCCUGAUUAUUAGCCUGGGAAGCCAGCUCUCUGGAUUCAAUGCGAUAAUCAACUAUUCCACCAAAAUGUUUCAGGCCAAGUUUGACCAGGCCAAAUAUCUCACACUGGGUGUUGGGGCCGCCAAUCUGACGUUCACUUUGGUAGCAUUCUUCCUGAUGGAGAGGGCAGGGAGGAGGAGGUUGCUCCUGACUGGUUUCAUCUUCAUAGCAGUGUGCAACUUAAUCAUGACCGUAGUCGAUUCUGUCCUGCAUCUGGUCCCAGAACUCAGAAGCCUACAAGUGCUGCUGGUUUUCUGCCUGACUUCAGCCUAUGAGCUGGGCCCAGGUCCGAUCUCCUGGUUCAUUGGUGCUGAGCUGUUUGACCAGUCUGGCAGACCUAUAGCCAUGGCCUUCAGUAGCCUGCUCAACUGGGGAGGGAAGUUUGUUCUGGCACUUCUCUUUCCUCCAUUACUGAAAAUCUGUGGUGCUUAUGUCUACCUCCUUUUUAUGAUCGUGGCUCUGCUCGCCUUCACCUUCACCUGGAUUCGCCUCCCGGAAACAAAGGGUCGUACAUUUGAUGACAUCGCAGAGGAGUUCAGAGGAGCAGAGGGCAUCCCGUUGCACAAUAAGACUGUAUUCAACACUUUCGCCUGA